AUGCAACAAUAUGAUGAAUUGCUGGCUAAACUUUCAAAGUUUGUAGAUCAUGAUAAAGGUAAAGAUUUUUCUUUUAUUAUAAAUUCUGCUUUUGAUAUUUAUUCAAAGAUAAAUGCAAACAUAUCAACCUUGAAUGAUAAUGAGAUAAUUGAUAUUAUUUAGAAGAGAUUUUUUAUAAAGUAAUAGUUAAAACAAAAUAAGGAAAAUGAAGGAAAAUAUAUAAACUAUUUUAAAGAAAUUAAUCAAAAACUCAAAAGUUUAUAAUUCUAUUAAUAAAUUUAAAUCUAAGAUUUAUUAGUUGAAGCUGAUGCUGAAACAUUGGAAUAAGUGUAUCAUUAUGUAUAGAAUUAAACUGCUUUACAAUUUUAAUUUUAAUUCCAAGAACAAAGGAUGAUUAGUGAUUAAGAAUUAAAUAAUUAUUUUUUGACUUCCAUAUAGAUUAGUGAGUAAAUAUUAUCAGACAAAACUGUUGUGGAAUAGUUUCUAAAUUUGGAAGAUAAAAAUUAAUACAUAUAAAACAAAUACAAUGAGAUUUUCAAGUUUCUAGAAAGUUAUUAAAUUUCAUUUGGUGAUAACAUUAACAAUUAAGAUUAGAAAUUCAUAAUGUUUAAAUAGGAAUUCAUUAAUUAAUUAAAAUAAAAAUUUUGGAUUUUUGAAAAGGAACUUUGUUUAUAUUGUAAAGAUGAUUAGCUAAAUAAUGAGAUCAAAAAAACAUUUAACCAAUAUUAUAAAUCUAUUUGUCUUAAACUUCCUUUCAAACAACAAUUUUAAGAAUUGAUUAAGAUUAUAAUAGAAAAUGAUAAAAUGGAAGGAAUUGUUGAAAGAAUUUUGGAUUUUAAAAUUUCAACUAUAAAUAAAUAUGUAUUAGAUCACAUAGCAAAGUAUAACAUUCCAGAAAUUGACAAAAAAUUAGAGUAAUUGUAUUAAAAGAAAAAGUAGAAAUAUUUGAUAAUAUUAAAAAAUACUCCAAUUUAUCUUUAAUAAGUUGAUAUUGUAAUUACUUAUUGCAAUAAAAUAAGUACAAUGAUUGCACUCGAAAAUAGUUAAGCAAUAGUAGAUUUUACUAAUUCAGAUCAACUCAAAAUUAUACAAAGUUAUUUAAGUAUGUUUGUUCCAAAUUAUGAAUAUCUGAAUACUGAUGAAUAAUACUUAGUUUAAUUGUUUUAGGAAACAAAUACAUUUUGCCCUGAUCUAAGCAUUUUAAAAUCAACAUAAUUUCUUGCUUUUUCAUAAAAGAUUUAAUUCAGAAUACCAAAAUAAGAAAUUUAAAUAGAACUUGGGAAGUAAUAAGAUAAGGAGAAAUUAGAUUUAAAAUAUUUGAAUUAUGAAAAGCUUGAUAUUAAAAAUGUGCUAUCUUAAUAUAAAGAUUUCGAUUAAUUACCUUCUCUAUUAUAUGAAAACAGAAUAUGGGAUUAAUAUCAUAAAUUAUUGAUCUCAGAGUGUGUUAAAUUUUUGGAUGAAUAGUAAAAGUAAAGAAAAAACUAAAGAUAUAAUGAGUAAAAAAAAAAAUUGAAAAUGUAAUAUGAGAUGGAUUUUUUUAUUCCAUUUGGAUGGAUAGAAAACAUUUUUCUUAAGAGUUAUGAUGAAUCUAAGGAAGAAGAUUUAAUGAAAAAAAUAGAUGUUUUCUUUCUGGAAGUGGGAGAAGAUGAAGAAGAGUAACUUAAAGCACUGAGAGCAUACGGAGAUAUUGAGGAUAACAUUAUUAAAAAUAGAAAAUAGUAAAUUAGAGAAUAUUUUCACUCUCUCAAUCCGAAAAACUAUUAAUCAAUUGAAGAGUUGAAAAAAGAUGUUAUAAUAGAGAUUUAGAGGAAUAGAGAAUAAUAAUUUAAGUAAUUUUAUGAGUUAAAAAACUUAAUUGAUAAUAUAGAUAAAGAAUAUCUCAAGAAAUGUCAAGAAAUAUUUAUAUAACCGCCAAGUCAUUUUGUAAGAUUUAAAGUAGAUAAAUAAACGCAAUCAAAUGAUAUAAUGGAUAUCAAUAAUAAAAUCUUAUCAUUUUAUAAUGAAUAACUGUUAAAUUGUCUGAAAUACCAAUUAGAUUAAUGA